CGCAGGCAGUCAAUUGUUCCGAUUUCGAUUUCGAGAUUCGAUGACUCCAAGCAGCGGCUCAUUCAUUCCUUCUUUUCCCCCUGCCAGCCAUUCUCGUUCCUCCGUCUCUCGACCAGCAUGGCGCCUCAACAGCCCAACUACGCCGUGUACUACGUAACAGGGCGCGACCUGCUCCCUCCUGGCGUCGACUUCUUCCAACAUCUGGACAAGGCCCUCUCUGGAGGACAUGUGUCCGUCGUCCAGAUUCGAGAGAAGGACGCCGACAAUGGAGAGUUCCUCGAGGUUGCAAAGAAAGCACAUGCUAUCGCUGCGCAGCACCGCGUACCCAUGCUGGUAAAUGACAACCUCAGCGUGGCGCUCUGCCUUCCUCCGUCCGUCGGCUUGCACAUCGGCCAAGACGAUAUUCCUCUACCUCAAGCCCGCAAAUUGCUCGGCCCAGACCGCCUCAUCGGCAUCUCAGUCCACACAGUCGACGACGCCAAGCGCGCCCUGGCCGAAGGAGUCGCAGACUAUGCUGGUGUAGGCCCCGUGUACGGCACGCAGAGCAAAGCAGGCAUCACAGACGACAAGGUCCUCUCACCGCGAGGGGCAGCGGAUAUUGUCGAUGCACUUCAAUCCACGAAUCGGGAGAGGAGACUACCCUGCGUCCUCAUUGGCGGUAUCAAUGCUCAAACGUGCGUACGCGCCCUCGUUGGAGCUACUGGGCUGCACAACUACCCCGACGGGGUUGCGGUAGUCUCUGCAAUCCAAGCACGGACAGACCCGGACGUUGCUGCGGCCGAGCUGGACGAGAUGGUUGCCAGCUGGCAAUUCCGCCGCUCCUUUGGCGGCUCAGCCAUCUCACUGCAGGGCGAAACCGCAUCCUCCCUCGUGCAAGCAGCCUCCUCCCUCCUGACCCUGCACAGACGCUCCAAUUUGGGCCCACCACUCAUCCAGACCCUGACGUCGCACGUCUCCUCUACUCUCUCAGCGAAUAUAGCCCUGGCCUUUAGCUCGUCGCCAAUCAUGUCCCACCAGGAAGAGGAAGCCGCCGACCUAGGCCGCGUAACGGGGGGCGUGGUACUCAACAUCGGCACCAUCUCCGCCGAAUCACGACGAGGAAUGAAGGCCGUAGGUCGCGAAGCGAACAAAGGUGGCAAGCCCGUCGUCCUCGACCCCGUAGGAGUGGGCGCAUCAGCCUUCAGGAAAGGCUGUGUCCAACAGAUCCUCAACGACACACAAGUCACCCUCAUCAAGGGAAAUGCAGCCGAACUCUCCUCCAUCGCAGGGUUGAGCGAAGUGGCCUCUCGCGGUGUCGACUCCGGUGCGGGAUCGCUGAGCGACCCAGUCGGGCUGGUGAAGAAGCUCGCCCGCAAGGAGAAGUGCCUCGUGCUGCUCACGGGAAAGACGGACUAUCUUUCAGACGGCAGAGCCGUGUUGGCAUGCGAGAAUGGUCAUCCGAUGGUGGGGAGGAUCACGGGUAGUGGGUGUGCGUUGGGCGUCAUGCUGGCCGCAGGGAUGGCUGCUGCGUGUAACAAGGCCAAGGAGGAGGGAGAGGGCGCGAUGAGGGGCUCGGCGUCGAUGCUGGUAGACGCCAAUGGGAAGGAUGUGCUUGUCGGGGCAUUGAUGGGGUUGUUGAGCAUGACGAUCGCGUCAGAGAAGGCUGCGGGAAGAGGAGAUGUGAAGGGACCUGGAUCGUUCAUUCCGGCAUUGAUCGAUGAGAUUGCGAACCUCAGGCCGGAGGAUCUGGUUCAGGGAGCAAAUCUCAGCGUGGCGGAGUAGGGUAGAGGGAGAGAGCGGCUGCUUGGGAUGGCGUGGCAUUGCUUUUGAUCGUACUGUAGUCAAUAAAUAGAGUAAGUGCCUCCAUAAGCGGCCUUGAGCAUUUGAGGGAGAAUGGUGACCUUGUAUUAACAUCAUCUAGAAGAUUGAUCGGGCGACGAAAUGCUGUCUUUGGCUGCACGCGCUCAGUAGAUCUCGUCAAAAGGUCUCGUAUCCGCAAAGCACUGCGGGAACACCUCAUCGACGACCUUCUCCGCCUCCUCCUUCCCGCCUUUGCAAGCCGGAUUAGCCAUAACAGAA